UCCAGUCCAGUCAAUUCAGUCGAUCGCGGCGCUCGGGAGUGAGACAAAGGGGCCAGCGCUUAAAUUCGAAUUAAAUCGGUACUCCCGCCGCGAUGCUGAGGCUUCUGGGCUUCUGGUGUUGGUGGGCCUUCAGCUUAGCACAGGCAAGCAACACAACCACCGAACGGAGCACCCAGCUCUAUGUGCAGCCCCACCUGAGCAUCGGUAGCUGCCUGGAUUACUGCCACUUCAGAUACAUUCCGUUCCUGCCCUGCCUCGACGACAGCGAGAAGAUUGCGAGUAGUCCGGCGAAGGCCUGUGGCGGGGGCUACUGCGAUGCAGAGGUCUUUGAGCUCAGCUACAAGACCGGCGAUGGAGUGGAGGUGGAGUCGCGCUGCAAUCGCGUGGAGAGAACUAGACUUGGGCGAUUGGCCAACCUGCGGGAGCUGUGCCUGGACGAAAGGGGGUUCCCCGUAAGACGCAGAUGUGAGAUUCGCAAUGGGACCAGGGCGUGGCAGUCUCUCAGCAACAUCACCUGUCGACCUGGCCAGCAACUGAGCUCCAAUCUGAACCGACUGGCUGUGGAGGCGCCGCCAGAUAUGAUAAGCAGAUUGAGCGACCUGCUGAGGCAGCCCCACGAGCCACUGCGGCCAGUGGAUAUCUUCAGCAUUGCGCAAAUCUUCGAGUCUCUCCUGGAGAAGCCCAACAAGGAUCCUGCCGUAGUGUCCGAUCUGCUCGGAAUCUGCCGGCAUGUCAUGGCCAGCGAGAGGGAAACUCUGCGUCUCUCGGCAGAGCUGAAUGCCACCAACACACUGCUGAGCAACUUUGAGGACUACCUGGAUGCCCUGCCACCCCAGUUGGUGCCCCCAGAGAGCUGCGACGUUGAAGCCAAGGGGCCUGGUCAGGUGUCGGGCGUGAAUGGCGUGCAGCAUCAGACUUUGGGCCACAUGGGAGUCCACGCUCUCAUCAGCAACGAGCUGAGUGUGUUCUUUGUGAAUCCGGACUGUGCCAAUGUGACUGGAAUCGCCAUAUCAACCUCCGACUCCGAUCCGUCAGACUUUGGCUUUAGUCCCCUGAGCUCAUCCGAGAGCUUGGAGAAUAUCAGAGCCAGGAAGGGGCUGCAGACAGCCGCCUUUCUGCCAGAGCCACUGUGGGGGCAGCUGAAGAAGAGGAGAGCCAGGUACUUGGUCUUCAAGGUCUACACGCGCGAUUCCCUGUUUGUGGAGACGAAGAGCCGCGUGCGGAUGCCGAGCAGUGCCGUCAUAUCUAUAUCUAUUCCUGGAAUGAAAACCGCUGACAACUCGCUGCCGCUGAAGCUGCCAUUUUUCUUGCGCAGUGGGAGCACAAACUCCUCCGCAGUGGCAGGCGGAAGGUGUGGCUACUGGAACUACGAGACCUGGCUGAGCGAUGGCAUUACCAUCUGCAGUAGUGGCAGUGCGGAUGCCCCACUCGAUCCCGUCAUCCUCUGUCACGCCGAUCAUCUCACACAGUUCUCCUUUCUGCUGGGCCUCAGCAAGAGUCAGACUGGUGUGGACGAGUACGAGGACGAUCGAACGCUGGACAUAAUAACGAAUGUGGGGCUGAGUCUGUCGCUGGUGGGACUGCUGGCCAUCUUCCUGACUGCGGCGCUCUUUAGGCGGUUCCGGAGCUUGGCCUCCACCAAAGUGCUGCUCAAUCUCUGCUUGGCAUUGGCUCUGCAGACGCUGCUGUUCAUGGACAUCGGCCAGGGGCAGCUGCUGGGGAAGCUGCAGUUCGCGGAAUGCUGCCUGGUUGCGGGUGCCCUCAUGCAGUACUUCCUGCUGGUCGUAUUCAGUUGGAUGCUCAUCAUCGGCUUCCUGCAGUUCAAGCGCUACGUGAAGGUCAUUGGCGUUACCUAUCCGCGGCAUUAUAUUUUCAUGUCUGCCCUGGUCGCCUGGACCCUGCCGCUGAUACCCACUUUGUUGCUGAUUAAGCUGGACCCCGCCUCCUAUAGGCCCACCCAGCAGUCGCCCGACAUGCCCCACAGUACUGUCCUGUGCUAUCCCUCGGGCCGCGGCCUGUACCUGGGCGUGGUCCUUCCCAUUGCACUGGUCACUCUGGCCAACGCACUGAUGGUCGGCUACAUCACGUGCAGCGUCUACCGGGCGCUGAAUACUCGGGGCCAGCACACGCUGCAACAGCUGCGGCUCUUUGUGCUGCUCUUCUUCCUGCUCGGCCUCACGUGGAUAUUCGGAUUCUGCAGCUACUUCCAGUGGGGCAGAGUCUUCUCCUACCUGUUCUGCCUGACGGCCACGCUGCAGGGCUUUGUGCUGUUUGUCUAUUUUAUUAUCAUUAACAAGGACAACCGCAUAGCCUGGUUGGGCUUAAUCUGCAAUUGGAAAUUCAAGGAGGAGCUGGACAUUGUCGCACUGCGAACUCAAGAAAACUUGGCGUUCAGCCGCACAAACCAAAUUUCAUUUCAAAGCACAACAAGCAAUUCAAAUAAAGAAUAGUUUACAAUGCCAA